AUGGGAGUACCGAUGCAACGUCCCCAGUAUAAUCAGAACCAACAUCAACAACAGUACCAGCUAGGACCACCACAACACCACAAUCAGAAUCAACAACAACCUCAUUACCAACCACCACACAGGAGGGCACCAUGGGAAGAAGCCAUCAAAAACAUGGUUAAAGAAAGCGAGAAAUUUCGCAAUGAAAUUCACGCCGGUAUGAACCAAACCAACCAACAGAUUAGUCAUUUGACUAAAGCGGUGGCCAAACUGGAAGGAGAAUGCCGAAACCUGAGUAAAAGUGGUGAAGGCCUAACUGCUGAACAAGCUGGAGGUAGCAAUCUAACCGACGCACCCUAUCCAGGACGCCUGAGACAGAAAGCUAAAGAGAAGGAAGCAAGUGAAAUGAUGAAGAUAUUCCAGAAAGUGGAGUUAAGCAUACCCUUACUCGACGCUAUAAGGCAAAUUCUCAAGUAUGCUAAAUUCUUGAAGGACCUUUGUUCAAGAAAAGUGAAGAUGGAGGAAGAAGUCCGCUAUGUGAUGGGAGAGAGUAUCUCGGCGGUGAUCCAACAGAAGUUGCCCACGAAGCGGAAGGACCCAGGAAUGUUCACCAUUCCGUGCAAUAUUGGCGGAACAAACAUGGAUAAGACCAUGAUGGACUUGGGAGCUUCCAUAAAUGUGAUGCCAUUGGCCGUUUACAAGAGAUUGAAUAUUGGGGAGAUGAGAAACACCCGUGUGGUCAUACAGUUGGCCGACAGAUCCAACGCCUAUCCUGAGAGAGUGGUAGAGGACGUACUGAUCAAGGUUGGGGAUCUGAUUUUCCCAGCUGACUUUUAUGUUCUGGACACCGGACCUGAAACUGGAGAAAAUGUCAUACAAUUGGGAAGAACAUUCAUGAUGACCGCUGGAACCAAGAUUGAUAUGAAAAUUGGAAUUUUAACAUGUGAGUUCGAUGGAGUCCAGGAAGAGUUCAACAUCUAUGAAACCAUGAAGAGGAAACAAACAAUCGAAAUGGUGGACAUGAUCGAUGUGUUCGAGCCCCUGGUACAAGAAUAG